AAAUGUGUGUGUUUUUUUUUUUUUUGAGGGCUGGGUUUGUGUUGCCCGUUUCCUUUGCCUUAUAUCUGCAUCAGCUUCCGAUUUAAAGGUUUAAAAACUGGUCGGGAGGGAAGCUAGCUAGCGGGCAGACAGAGGCAGGCUGUUGGAGAGCGUUUUGUGUUUUAAUUUGAUCAGAAGACAGUGAAGGAAGCCGGAUUCUACAGAGCUCAGUGUGUAUGUAUGUGUGCGCGCUAAACCGGCCUUGAUGGUGUGUGACUCGCGGCACCUUUUUAAAAUUUGCAACAAUUUAUAUACAAUUAAUGCAGCGAGGACGGACAGGAAAAUGAGCGAUUCCGGCGCAAAAGGCAACCAAGCUCUGUCUUCAAAAGAGAAAGACGGGGCAGAGAAACGGGGGAGAGGGAGACCGAGAAAACAGCCUGAAGUAAAAACUGUUGAAGAACCCAGUGGAGCGCCGACACCCAAGCGACCCCGCGGCCGGCCGAAGGGCAGCAAAAACAAGAGCACCUCCAAGAGCAGAAAAAUGGCAGCUGCUGCACGGGGAAAGCCCAGAGGAAGACCUAAAAAGGCGGAGAAAGAGGAAGAGGAACAGGGAUCCCACGAAUCUUCAGAGGAGGAUGAAGAGGAGCAGUAAGGCCGUCUCAACCACACUACCUCAUUACUCAACGUACUGACUUCCUGUCUGAGAGCUGGACUGAAACUCGAAAUCCAAACGUUGUGUCUCCCCGCCCUCCCUCUGUCGGAGCGCUCCUGUUGGCACGGGAGCCAGACGCAUUUCACCCACCCGCUCGCUACCUGCUGCAGCACUGGAAAAAGACAUUUAUAUAUUAUAUACACUACAAACUGGGAUAUCUCUUGUUUUCAUAAGGGUUUUAGGUAUUGCUAACAGUGGUAUUUUAUACUGGACAAAGGUGAAUUUACAUAACCUACAAUGUUUUUUUCUUUGUAGUAUAGAAAUUAGGCUUUAUUUUUUAUCCUAUCGAUUUGUUAUAGGGCUGUGUCUCUGAUGCAAAAACUAAAUCCAGUCCCCCACGUGCCAGUUGAAGGCUGGGGUUCAUCUUUUAAAGCUGGCGGCAGGAUGGGUGUAAUUUAGUGCCCUAAUCUGCCAAUUGUGAUCAUAAAGGGAGCAUCUAAACUAGGUCCUUGUUUUGUGGUGUUUAGUAAACUCUGGUAGUCUGUUUUAGGAUCCCUUCCUGACUUGUGUAGCUUCAUUGAUAUUUUCAGUUCCCCCCCCCCCCCCCCCCCCUUACUAUUUUAAAGGCUGGUCUGUAAGGAAGUAUGGAGGCCUCACAAAUUCUAAACGCUGUCAACUGUGUUUAAUAUCGGGAGAGCAGGGGGAGUGUAAAUCUGUGCUGCACAUGUGUUUUGUUUUGUUUUUUUGGAAGGUGUUAUUUUUUUUAUAACAAACCUUUUUUUAAAAGAAAUUAAAUUGAUGUGUGAUUGUUUGGAAACUAAAAA